UUAAAAUAUCACAUGAUCUCCCUCUGGCCCCGUAUUUCAUAAAACAGAGUGGAUCUCAGGAGGCCAACACUGUGACUCCUGGUGGAUGGGACUGGGAAGUAGGAGCCAAGCCCUGACUGACUGCGGGCGCUCGGAGCCAGCAUGGAAAGUCUCUGCAGGGUCCUGGGAUUUCUGCUUCUGGCUGCAGGACUGCCUCUCCAGGCGGCCAAGCGAUUUCGGGAUGUGCUGGGCCAUGAGCAGUAUCCCAGUCACAUGAGGGAGCACAACCAAUUACGUGGCUGGUCUUCUGAUGAAAAUGAAUGGGAUGAGCACCUGUAUCCAGUGUGGAGGAGGGGAGAUGGCAGGUGGAAGGACUCCUGGGAAGGAGGCCGUGUGCAGGCAGUCCUGACUAGUGACUCACCGGCCCUGGUUGGUUCCAAUAUCACCUUUGUGGUGAACCUGGUGUUUCCCAGAUGCCAGAAGGAAGAUGCCAACGGCAAUAUCAUCUAUGAGAGGAACUGCAGAAGUGAUUUGGGGCUGACUUCUGACCUGUAUGUCUACAACUGGACCGCAGGGGCAGAUGCUGGUGACUGGGAAGGCGGCGGCAGCCAAAGCCAGCACCUCAGGUUCCCCGACAGGAAGCCCUUCCCUCACCCCCAUGGAUGGAAGAAAGGAAGCUUCGUCUACGUCUUUCACACACUCGGUCAGUAUUUCCAAAAACUGGGUCGGUGUUCAGCACGAGUUUCUAUAAACACGGUCAACUUGACAGCUGGCCCUCAGGUCAUGGAAGUGACUGUCUUUAGAAGAUACGGCCGGGCGUACAUUCCCAUCUCGAAGGUGAAAGACGUGUAUGUGAUAACAGAUCAGAUCCCUAUAUUUGUAACCAUGUCCCAGAAGAAUGACCGCAACUCGUCUGAUGAAACCUUCCUCAGAGACCUCCCCAUCGUCUUUGAUGUCCUCAUUCAUGAUCCCAGCCAUUUCCUCAAUGAAUCUGCCAUUUCCUACAAGUGGAACUUUGGGGACAACACUGGCCUAUUUGUCUCCAACAAUCACACUUUGAAUCACACGUACGUGCUCAAUGGAACCUUCAACAUUAACCUCACCGUGCAAACUACAGUGCCUGGGCCAUGCCCUUCGCCUUCCCCUUCCCCUUCCUCUCCCUCUUCCCCUUCCCCUUCCCCUUCCCCUUCACCUUCACCUUCACCUUCGCCUUCAACUUCACCUUCGCCUUCACCUUCGACUUCGCCUUCGCCUUCAACUUCACCUUCAACUUUGCCCACGUUGUCAACACCUAGCCCCUCUUUAAUGCCUACUGGUUACAAAUCCAUGGAGCUGAGUGACAUUUCCAGUGAAAAUUGCCGAAUAAACAGAUAUGGCUACUUCAGAGCCACCAUCACGAUUGUAGAGGGGAUCCUAGAAGUCAACAUCAUCCAGAUAGCAAAUGUCCCAAUGCCCACAUCGCAGCCUGACAACUCACUGAUGGACUUCAUUGUGACCUGCAAAGGGGCCACCCCCAUGGAAGCCUGUACGAUCAUCUCCGACCCCACCUGCCAGACCGCCCAGAGCAGGGUCUGCAGCCCUGUGGCUGUGGAUGAGCUGUGCCUGCUGUCUGUGAGAAGAGCCUUCAAUGGGUCUGGCAUGUACUGUGUGAACUUCACUCUGGGAGAUGAUGCAAGCCUGGCCCUCACCAGCGCCCUGAUCUCUAUCCCUGGCAAAGACCCAGGCUCCCCUCUGAGAACAGUGAAUGGUGUCCUGAUCUCCAUCGGCUGCCUGGCAAUGUUCGUCACCAUGGUUACCAUCUUACUGUACAAAAAACACAAGGUGUACAAGCCAAUAGGAAGCAGCCCAAGGAACAUGGUCAAGGGCAAAGUCCUGAGCGUUUUCCUCAGCCGCGCAAAAGCUCCGUUCUUCCAAGGAGACCAUGAGAAGGAUCCGCUGCUCCAGGACAAGCCAGGGCUGCUCUAGGUCUUUGGCCUUACCUCUGACCAGGAGCCCACUCUCCUGUGCACUUAUGUGAGCUGUGCCGAAGUAUGUGACUGGUAACUGUUGCUUUCUAAGGAUUGUUGUAAAAUGUAUGUCAUGGUUUAGGGAGCGUAGUUAAAUGGCAUUUUAGAGGAGGGGUACGGAGACUUAGUGUUUCUCCCCAUCUGUAUUAGGGUUUUUACACUGUUAGUAGGGUGGGCAUGCUGCGUCUGAAGUGGGAGGGGGAGGUCACUGCUGCUACUUAAGGUCCAAGGUUAACUGGGGGAGGAUACCACAGGCUCCUCAGCUUUCCACACAUGUGCAUGAACCCAGCUAGUCCUGACCUGAAGGCCAUGCUUUGUCUAACUGUAUCCCAGCUCAUUGAACAUGCCUGAGCUCCUGACAGAAUUAUAAUGGGCCCGAGCUUUUUGUAUGGUGCAUGUGUGUAUAUAUUAUACUCAUUAAAAAGAUAGUCUAAUAA